AUGGUUUGUAUUAAGAUCCACUUUGGUGUGCUUCUUUUGUGGGUAUUCUUAGUGGUCUUAGCAUAUGUGGUAGAACUGAACAGUGAUUUGAGAAUCUUUGGAAGACCAUCUGUUGGCAAGAUACACCAGUGCCCAUACUGUGCUCAUACCAGUUUGCGGAGAGAUAACAUGGUGAGACUGAACUAUGAGGGAACGAGGAAUAGCGGAAGGCGAGCUGUCGGCAAGGUGCACCACUGUCCUUACUGCACAUAUUCCACUGUUAAGAAAGACCAUAUGACAAAACAUAUAAGAGUUCACACUGGAGAGAAACCUUUUUCUUGUUCUUACUGUCAAUAUAGUGCAACAACUAAAGAAAAUUUAAUGCAACACAUUAGAACUCAUACAGGAGAGAAACCAUUUGCUUGUCCUCAUUGCUCAUACAAGAAGAUCAAGGUGGAAGAGAACAAUGAUGACUCGAGGAACGGAGGGAGAGGAGCCGUCACCAAGGUGCACCAGUGUCCGUACUGCAAAUAUGCCACUGAUAGGAAAGACCACAUGACAAAGCAUAUUCGAACUCACACUGGAGAGAAACCCUUUACCUGUCAAUACUGUACUUACAGUGCCACAACAAAAGAUAAACUGAUACAGCAUCUGCGCACCCAUACUGGAGAGAGACCAUUUUCAUGCCCUUACUGCUCUUACUCUGCCACAAAGAAAGACAAGUUAAGGCAGCACAUUCGCAUCCAUACCGGAGAAAAGCCAUUCCCAUGUCCACAUUGUCCAUAUCGGUCAACUACAAAAGCAACAUUAAACAACCAUAUGAAAGUCCAUGCUGAUCUAAAAGAUUAG